AUGGCCUCCCUCCGUCUACAAUCUCUAGUCUGCCCGGACGCGUCGUUCACUAUCUCUGCCUUUAUUUUCCCUAAAUUAACCGGGAAAAUUCCGGCCGCUCAAGUCGCCUGCUCCUCGUGGAACCAUCUCCGUGAUCUCUCACUCGCCGACCCGGAAUUUGCGACUCCCGGCCCCAUCGAUAUCAUCCUCGGAGCCGAUAUAUACGGAUCUCUGCUCCACGAGGCCAUUCGCAAAGGACCUCACGACGCACCCGUCGCUCAAAGCACCGCGCUAGGAUGGAUAGUGUCUGGACCAGCCGCGCACGCGACGUCCGAACCGACUCCCGUUCCAAGAAUCACUCUAUCCACGCGCGCCGACUCUGAAUUGAACGACGAGCUCCAACGAUUCUGGCUACAGGAAGAAGUUCAACCUGCAUCGCGCAAACACCUCACCGCGGACGAGCUAGAAUGUGAAGAACACUUCCGCAAGACCCACUCUCGCAACGAAACCGGCCGAUAUAUCGUUCGGUUUCCGUUUCGCGCGAACCUCGGUGAACUCGAGAAUUCCCGCUCGGUCGCGCUUCGCACCCUCGACAGAGUGAGCGAACAGCUGCGCCGAAAUGACACUUUUCGCGGUCUUUACGUUGACUUUCUACGCGAGUACGCGUCAUUGGGGCAUAUGUGUCCCGCUCCAUCAGACGACGAUCCGACGCAGCGCGUUGUCUAUCUCCCGCAUCACGGAGUCUUGCGCGAGAGCAGCAAUACCACUAAGCUCCGAGUCGUUUUCAAUGGCUCCGCAAAAACAACGACUAAUCUUUCCCUCAACGACUGUCUUCACACCGGUCCAAAGUUGCAGCAGGAUCUCGAUGCCGUUCUACUCCGAUGGCGAACGUACGCCUUCGUAUUCGCCGCUGACAUCGAAAAGAUGUACCGGCAAAUCCUCAUACACCCCGACGACCGCGAUUACCAGCGCAUCCUGUGGAGCGAAAGCGGAGCCCUCCUCAUAUUCCUCCUGUGCACGGUCACGUACAGCCUAGCCUGUUCUGCCUUUCAGGCUAUCCGCGUACUACGUCAACUGGCCGACGACGAGGGACACCGGUUCCCCUUAGCCGCUCCCGUGCUCCUGAACUCAGCAUAUGUCGAUGACGUCUUAUCCGGUGCGGAUACGCCGCAACUCGCACGAGACAAGGCCAACCAAGUCUCACAGCUCCUCAUGGCGGGCGGUUUCAAGCUCCAGAAAUGGUCCACUAACGACCACACAAUCAUCGAAGACGUCACCGCCAACCACUCAACCACCACGCUAGAGUUCGACUCGGAGGCUCGAACCCUCGGUCUCACGUGGAAUCCAGACUCCGACACGUUCCACUUUCGGUUCCAACCCCUCGAUCCUUCUGUUACUCCCACCAAAAGGUUGAUUCUCUCUCGGGUCGCUCAGCUAUUCGACUCGCUCGGCUGGCUCUCCCCGAUCACCAUCACGGGAAAGAUCAUCAUCCAGCGACUAUGGAAAGCCCAAGUGGAUUGGGAUGAACCUCUCUCUGACUCGCUCGCGCAAUCCUGGACCGAACUCUGCCACGAUCUCCCGUGCAUCUCCUCGUACUCGGUUCCGCGCUGGCUUCACACCCUUUCCACAUCCGUCGUCGAACUACACGGUUUCUCAGACGCCUCUCAAAACGCUCUCGGUGCUGUGGUCUACUUGCGCACCUUCUCUGAGUUCGACGACGCCAAGGUCACCUUACUCGCCGCCAAGAGCAAGGUCGCGCCGAUCAAGAAACGAUCCCACGCCUCGAGCUCUCCGCCGCGUGUGUGUCUCGCAUGGAUCCGAGGACAACCUUGCCAAUGGGGCGAAUUCGUCGCCAAUCGAGUCGCGCUAGUUCAGGAAACGGUCCCGGAUGCACACUGGCAUCAUGUCUCCGGCACGGAUAAUCCAGUCGACUGCGCCUCGCGGGGACUUCUGCCGCAUCGUCUUCUCCUUCACUCACUGUGGUGGUACGGACCCGAAUGGCUUCAGCAGCCGUUGGUAUCCUGGCCUUCCGCUGUUCCUCCGCUCGAUCACUCCAUCGACCUGGAGCUGCGGCGAUCCAGCUCCUUCAUGACCACGACCCGCCGCUCCGUAAACUCAUGCUGGGACCUCAUCACUCAAUAUUCGCGUCUGAAUCGCCUGCUCCGAAUAACGGCGUGGAUACGACGCGGCGCGCUUCGCUUCAAGAGAACUCCCUGCUUAACACUCUCACUAACACCAGAGGAAAUUCGCUCCGUUGAACGCUUUUGGGUGCACGAGACGCAACAAGCAUUCUUCAAACCUGAAAUCGACCUUCUAUCACAAGGAAAUCCUCUUCCUCGCGCCAAUCCUCUUCUCAAGCUCGCGCCCUUCAUAGACCACGAAGGCCUUCGCAUUAGCGGACGCCUUAAGAAUUCUCUGCUCGACUCUGACUCUAAACAUCCCGUCAUCCAUCCUCGCGACUGCCAACUAUCCGCGCUCCUAAUCGACGAUGCUCAUCAACGCAUCCUACACGGUGGCGUCCAGGUUACGCUCGCCAAUCUUCGUCGCUGCUACUGA